AUGCUCUCAAGGAUAACACAACGUAUGGCCCUGAAGAGGGCCUUGGCGAGGCCUUCCCCUUGCGCCAAGGGCCGUGCACCCCAGACCCAGAGGAGAUCUCUCACAUCGGCACCCAGGCCUGGCGAUGGUCCGUUGAUGGAGAGGCGAGCUGAUCGUGAACUUCCUGACGUCCAAACCUCCCGCUUCCGCUGGUCCCGCACCUUCCCCAUCUUCUUCGGCAUCGUAGCCGCCACCUCGAUCGCCAUCUUCAACUACCAGAAACUCUCCUCGCCCGUCGUGGAAUCGACGCUGUACGCCCUGCGCACCAACGCGCGCGCGCGCGAGUACCUGGGCGACGAGAUCUACUUCAAGGCGCAGAUCCCCUGGAUUUCCGGAGAGAUGAACCAGCUGCACGGCCGCAUCGACAUCAAGUUCAACGUCAAGGGCACCAAGCGCACGGGCGUGAUGCGCUUCGCCAGCUUCCGGCCCACGCCCCGGGGCAUGUUCGAGACGACCGAGUGGAGUCUGGAGACGGAGGACGGAAAGGUCAUUGACCUGCUGGAGGAGGGCGAUCCGUUCAGGGCUAUCAACGGCCGCGGGGCGGAGCCUGAGCUGGAUCUGGAUGAUGCUGAGGAUGCCAAGGUUAGGGGGUUUAGGCAGAUGCCCAAGUAA